CGGGAGCGGAGCGGCGGCGGGCCCGGUCCCGGUCCCGGUCCCGGUCCCGGUCCCGGUCCCGGUCCUGUCCUGGCCGCGGUGCGGUGCGGGGUGGCGGCGGCGGUCCUGGCGGCGGUGCGGGGUGUGAGGCGCCGCGGCGCGAUCCCCGUUUCCCCCCCGCAUGCUUGGUGCCGGCGGCGCUGAGGGCCUGUCCAAGCAUGCUGUACCUGGUCGGGCUGGGCCUGGGAGAUGCCGAGGACAUCACGGUGAAGGGGCUGGAGGCGGUGAGGCGCUGCCGCAGGGUGUACUUGGAGGCCUACACGUCCGUCCUCACGGUGGGCAAGGAAGCGCUGGAAGAGUUUUAUGGAAAAGAGUUGAUCCUGGCUGACCGAGAAACAGUGGAACAAGAAGCAGACAGCAUUCUGAAAGAAGCGGCGGCUAGUGAUGUCGCCUUUCUUGUAGUUGGUGACCCUUUUGGGGCCACGACACACAGUGAUUUAGUGCUCCGUGCAGCGAAACUGGGGGUUCCAUACACGGUCAUUCAUAAUGCCUCCAUAAUGAAUGCAGUGGGCUGCUGUGGUUUACAGCUGUACAACUUUGGAGAGACAGUUUCCAUAGUCUUCUGGACAGAUACGUGGAAGCCAGAGAGCUUUUUUGACAAGAUCGAGAGGAACAGGCAGAAUGGAAUGCACACACUGUGCUUACUUGAUAUUAAAGUGAAGGAGCAGUCUCUGGAGAAUCUAAUGAAAGGCAGAAAGAUCUAUGAGCCACCACGCUAUAUGAGUGUGAAUCAAGCUGCAGAACAGCUUCUUGCCAUUAUUCACAACAGGAGGCUCCAAGGAGAAGAACCAGGAAUUACUGAAAACACACUUUGUGUCGGCCUGGCCCGUGUGGGUGCCCCGGAUCAGAAGAUUGCUUCAGGCACCCUGUCUCAGCUGUGCUCCGUGCAACUGGGUGGUCCACUACAGUCCUUGGUUGUCACAGGCACUCUGCAUCCUCUGGAACUAGAAAUGCUUCAGCUUUUUUCUGUAGAUAGAACCAGUUUUGAAAACCAUUUCAAAGAACCACUUAAAUAAAAAAUGAAGCAAUUCAAUGUUAAA